AUGAUAAAUCAAACAGGCUUCGCAAGCGCCUUAGCCUCGCGCACAGCGUUGCGGCACUCCGCGUUACGCAUGCUCCCGGUUCGUCGCGAUUGUUUUACCCUUUUCUCCUGCCGCCGCUGCUUCAGUUUUUCGCGGGCACGAGCACCGCGUGUGAACUUAGAGGAGGUUCGCUUCGACAAACAAUCCGCACGGUACGCCGGUACGGUAUUUGGAGUGCCUACCGACGCGGUGGUUUUCUACGCGAAAGUUGGAGCCGCUGUGGUCGGGGUUUUAAUAGUGUUCUGUAUUUUUGUCAAAGGCUACGGUAUACUUGCUCGUCUCAACCUUGGUACUGUUGCGCGGUUGGGGUUCACGUCUGGGUUUCUUUCCUGUAUGGUGCUGAAUGCAGUUUUCAUUGGAAUAGCUAGACGGUUUCGCAUCAGCCCAAACGCUGUGUACAAUCAGUCCAUCGCCAUCGUCAUGCAAAAUGAGAAGGUCGUUCAGCAUCUCGGCCCCCAUCCACGAACAGGAGAUUUUAAGGCGUACUGUCAAACCGGUGGCUUCCGAUUGCCGCUAAUCCGGCGCAUUCGUAGCGGCUCGUAUGAGCUGUCAGACCUCCUUGGAUUGAAGCCACAGAAGUUGCAAAUGAUGUUUGUUCUUCGAAACCAAGCAAAUGGCGGUGAGGGUUUUGUUACAUGUGAAGUGCGGCGGGAGACAACGGGCUUUCUAAGCUCAGCGAACACGUUCAGGUCACUCGCAGUGACGUUAACGGACCCGUCGCGCUCAUCAGCGCGAACGAUCGUAUUAAUUGGAAAGCCUGAGGACGUUGUGUAUCGUGGGUUAAUGAACCUGUAG